AUGGCCUCAAAAAAUCUAUCCAUUCUACCGGCGGACAUCAUGGAGUCCCAAUUGUCCGCAAUUGAUCUUCUAACGGCGAUGUUCCCAUCACCGGGCGAGCUGGAAAUCCCUGAAUCAACAACGCAGUGCGUCGAGAGACUCCGGGACUGGUGCCAGGACCCGACCUCCACGCCUUCCGGGAUACCAGAAUGGAUCCCCCAAAGUAUAUCCCUCGUCGUCUGUCUACCUAUUACAGACGGAGACAAAACAAUUCAAGUCAAUGUUUCCAUUCCCCUACAACGUGAGGAUUCGGAACGAGGCUGUGACCAGCCACCGCCAUUAGGCUACUCGCUUCGACAGCCGGACUGGAUGUCCAAAGCCGAGCUGGCUAGACUUGCCCCCUUAAUACCGCAACAUGAUGCUCUAGAGGCAUUUGAAUACAUCCAAGAAGAAGCUAGCCGCUUUCUGCAAGAUAAGCAUUUACAGUCACAAACCGCGACUUCAGAGGAAUGUUCCAGAGGGCCGCUCGUGAGAGUCUGGUUUUAUUUUCCCUCUCUAUCAACCCGUAAAAAGAGAGACGACAUGGUCAACCUUGCACCGGGGUAUUCGCUGACGGGCUUCGUGUUAGCGGGAAAGCCGGGUGUCUUAUGUCUCGAAGGCGCAUCGACGGAUAUCGAUGCCUAUAUGAGCUUCAUCAAAACACAUUCGUGGGGAGAUAUCCCCAGUCAUCAGAAAAAGGUCAGCGAGAGGUUUCGAGAGACAGAGAGUAUUCGGAGGGUGUUUUCGGGAAUGGAGGAAAUCACAGAUUCGCUAGGGGAAAGAGGCGGACAGCGGGCCAAUCGAGGGGAUAUGCAGGCAUUGGAGGCGUGGUUGGGAGCAAAAGGCUUACACGAGGCAUUUGAAAAUGUAAUCUUUUAG